UUGGCAUUACCCUUAACCUUUGACUCGGUUCGUUUAAUUACACGUUCAUCUACUAUAUAUACCAUUCUACGAAGCGUACAAUUAAUGAACUAAUACCGUCGUCCAUGUAUCAGUUAAACACCAAUUAAAUGAGUCCCAAAAAUUACGGUACCUUUGACGUUUUAACGCAAUUAACAUUAAAAGGAAAAAUGACCAGCGCGUGUUUUGUUUCGAUUCACCAGAAGUCUUAAUUUCCCCCAUACUCGAGCAUGCAGAACGACCUAGCCGCUAAGCACCUAACAAUUUUACGGGUGCGCGGAAACCCUUACAAACGUAAACUUCCUGUGCAUGAAUCACGUUUGAUUUACUUUGAACUAAUUUUCUAUUACUCUUUGUUGUGCCAAGGUACUCGCGGUAGAAUGCACGAAAGCGCCGAUGUUACGCGUUUUCCAAAACCGUACAACCUGGAGUGCACUCCGUACAAGCAAACCGAUUUUGACUACCUAAUGAAAGGAAAAAUUGAAAAAUGUGCCGAUUGUAACGUUAAUAAGGUGUUUAAACUUAUAAUUGUGGGAGAUGUAUCCGUUGGGAAAACAUGCAUUGUUAACAGGUUCUGCCAUCAGCUUUUUGACAAUAACUAUAAGGCAACAAUAGGUGUCGAUUUUGAGGUCCAACUCUUAUCACUAUUCGGUGUAUCUGUCACACUGCAGAUAUGGGAUACGGCCGGCCAAGAAAAAUUCAAAUGCAUUGCCCAGUCUUACUAUAGAGGAGCGCAUGCUAUCAUCGUCGUCUUCGAUUUUUCCUGCAUCUCCACACUAUUCCACUGCGAGUUGUGGCUCAAAGAAGCUCUAAAUACAAACACAAACGAUGACGUUUUACUUUUUCUUGUUGGAAAUAAGGCCGAUCUCUUGUCUCCCGCUGCUUAUACAAACACAAAUGAGAUCGGAAUGAAGAGCGCUCAGGAUUUAUCGGCGGAAUACUGGGCUGUUUCUGCCAAAAGCGGUCUUAAUGUAAACGAGCUGUUUUUGAGGGUGGCAGCUUUACUUUUAGACGUCAAUUUGAAUAACGAAACCGACAGUAUUAAAGAUAGGAUACACAUUGGCUCUAAUUUGACGCUGGCCAAAAAGAAAAAGAGGAAAAGUAAAAAGAUAAUCUCUUCAUGUGCUUGUAAUGCGUGAAGGAUUUGUGUACUUAUUCUUGUUACCGUAAUUAAUAAAAAAAAACCAUUUGUUUGAAAUUAAUGAUAGGA